UCCGAGGAUUUUCAGGUCGAAGACUUGUUGUGAUUGACUUGUGAAUAGCCAGCCGUACGGACUUGUCCCGUUUGUUCUGUUCUAGAGAGAUGUCCACAAGUCCAUUGGUGUCGGUGCGUUCGGCCGAAGAAAUGGUUGCCGUUUCGCCUCUGAGCAAAAUGAAUUCUUUACAGAAUGAUGCCGACAGCAGCUCCAUCGCCAGCACUCCGAACGGUAGUUUCAAGGAUGCGAAUGUCACUUGCCUACCUUCUCUAGAGAACGAAGGGUUGGAUGACAGCCAGCUAGACCGUGAGGAGCAAGAAUCCUUGGAACUCGCUCGCAUGCUCAUGGCGGAAGAAGCAAUGGCAGUUUAUGAAAACUCGUUUCAGCUUCUCCGAGAAUCGGCCGAUCAGCUGUCACAGGAAGACUACCAAGCGAUGCAGGAACUACUUCGCGAAGAAGAACGCGAGCAGGUAGCCGAACUAGAAGACGACGAGGGAGAGCUUUCUUACGAAACAAUGUUGGAGAUAGGCGAGCGAAUUGGAGACGUCAAGACGGAACGCUGGACCUUGGACGCGCAGCGUCAUAUUCAUAAGCUUCCCACUGUUGUGUACCGCUCAUCAAACGUCGGUGCUGACGUAGAUGAUUCCGAAAGCAAGUGCUUGGUAUGUCAAAGUGAAUAUGAGGAAGAGGAGCGCCUACGUCGGCUACCGUGCGGACACAGUUUCCACGCGAGUUGCGUUGACCAGUGGCUCAAUACAAAGGAUGUGUGUCCAUAUUGCCGUACGUGCAUUGUCGACGAGCGAACGCAGCGUUAGCACACUGGCAAACAAUGUUUUCUCAUAAUAUAUAGAGCAACUC